CUCGUCCAACGGACAUUUGCACCAGCGGAGAUGUACAAGGAGAUAAAGAAAGAGGGGAAGCGGGAUGGAGGACAGGCGAGCAUGAUCAGGUCUGACCUGGCGAAUGGCCGGGCCAGCCCCGUGUCUGACCCCGGUGUUCGGCCGGGCAGGAAAGGAGAGCAAAUCCGUAAGCGAAGGUGUAAAGCUGCGUUCAGCUACGUGCCUCAGCACGAAGAUGAGCUGGAGUUGAAAAUCGGAGACGUCAUCGAGAUCAUAGCAGAGGUGGAGGAGGGCUGGUGGGAGGGGCUUCUUAACGGCAAAACUGGGAUGUUUCCUUCCAAUUUCACCAAAGUGGUCCUGACAGAGUCCGACGCGGCCGCAACAGACACGCCCACCCCGCAGGAGGAGCCCCGCGGCGGACGCACGAGUAAAGACAGUCCAGGCAGUGAAAGUGACGGAGGAGACAGUCGGUCGGAAACAGGGUCGGGAGAAAUCCAGCCGAAGAAGGUCCGAGGGUUUGGUUUUGGUGACAUCUUUAAAGACCAGCCCAUCAAGCUCCGACCUCGCUCCAUGGAAAUCGACUCGGAGGGCGACAAGGCCAACGAGGGGAAAGCAGCGAGUGUCGCACCUGAAACCAUGAAGUCAGAACCUGACAACAAAACUAAAGGGCGGGAGCAGUGUAAAGUUCUCUUCCCGUACGAAGCACAAAACGAGGACGAGCUGGCGAUCAAGGAGGGAGAGAUCAUCAACAUCAUCACCAAGGAGUGUGCGGAUGCAGGCUGGUGGAUGGGCGAGAUCGGGGGAAGGCAGGGCGUCUUCCCGGACAACUUCGUGAAGCUGCUCGAGGUGGAGAAGGAGAGACCAAAGAAGCCGCCUCCUCCCAGCGCACCUUCGGCUAAAAACACCACAGAGAAAAAGUCGGAGGUCAGGAAGGUUCCUCCUGAGCGUCCCGAACAUCUGCCGCAGAGAGACCAGGAUCGAGGUGAAGAGGUGAAGGUCGGAGACAUCCCCAAGCCCUCCCUCCCGUCCCACCUUCCCAAGAAACCCCUCCCCCCAAAGACAAGCUCCUCCUCUUCCUCCCAACCCCCGCGGCGUCCCGAGCGACCCCCUCCUGUAGCGUGUGAAAGCCCCAAGUCAGAGGGCGGGGCUUCGACACCAGAUUCUGCCCCUGACAGGUCACAGGAGACCGACGUGGACCUGGACGCGGUGGUUCCAUCUAUGGAGAAACUGAGUCAUCCGACGGCGACGCGGCCGAGAGUGACGGACCGCCGACCUCGUUCACAGAUCUUCACAGCGUCUUCUCUCUCCGGUAUCGACCUGGACUCCCCGGCAGCGGAGGACAGGAAGGAGAAGGAGAGAGGGAAGGAAGAGCCGGAGGCUGUUCCUGUCAGAUCUGUGGACGUUUCGCUGAGAAAAGGAAUUCCCACCAUCCCUGCGCCUGACGGUAAAGCACCACUGCCCACCAAACCCACUGUCCUGACCCCGCCGAACUCCGCCCUCCGCCCCACCUCCCAGUCUUCCUCCUCGGGACUGAGCCCCUCCCCCGAGCUCCGGCACUCGCCCCUGACCCCGCCGACGGUGGAGGAGCUGAGGACCCAGCUGAGAGACCUGAGGACCUCCGUGGAACUGCUGAAGAGCCAGCACAGGUGA